CCCUCUUUUUGCAUUCAUCAUUCACAAACUAUCAUUUUCUUCACCGGAAAUAUUUCAGCUUUCACCGUGAAAUUAAAAGAAAUGGAAAUGGCUGGAACAGAGCUAAGAUUAGGUUUACCUGGAACAGAUCCAUCAUCCACAAGUAAAAUUAGCAACAAAAGAUGUUCAUCACAUAGGAAUAACAAUGAUGAACCACCACCAAAAGCACAAGUAGUUGGAUGGCCACCGGUUCGAUCCUAUCGAAAGAACAUUUUAGAAGCGAGCUAUGUUAAAGUGAGCAUGGAUGGUGCGGCUUAUUUAAGGAAAAUUGAUCUUACUAUUUACAAAAGUUAUCCACAAUUACUCAAGGCUUUAGAGAACAUGUUCAAGUGCUCUAUUGAUGUAUAUUCAGAAACAGAUGGAUACAAUGGAUGUAAUUAUAUACCAACUUAUGAAGAUAAAGAUGGUGAUUGGAUGCUUGCUGGCGACGUACCUUGGGAUAUGUUCAUUAAUUCUUGCAAAAGGCUAAGAAUUAUGAAAGGCUCUGAAGCUAAAGGUUUAGCAAGCUUAUAGAUCUGAUCGAUUCAGUUUUGAAAUGUAUAUCUAACUCUAUUUAUAUUUAUUUAUUUGAGCCAGUACAGUUUAUCCUAACCGAAAGUAAAGUUUGAUCAACUUUUCUUGUACAUAAUAAAGUUUUUAUUUAUUUUCA